CGUAUUUGGCAGUGGUUUUGCGAAGAAAAUAGUCAGUGUGGCGUAUAAUGUUCGGUUUUUUACGGUUGCAAAAAUGUAUUGAUCAAAUAGCCCUCUCACCAGCUGAACGUCAACAUCGCGCCGUUGUAGCAGCGCCGACGGUGAUAGAAAUGGGAAUUUUACUUUGCGUACCCAAGCUCCAUCUAGUCGUGAUUAUUCCGAAGGAAAACUGUAAACAAACUACCAGACACGGAUUAUUGCGCAUAACGCAUGCUGUUGUAAAUACUGAAAACGAGCAAAAAUGAGUUGCUUAAAACAUCAGUAAAAAUGCAAUGGUUUAGAAGAUAUUUUUUCUUCCAAAAUGGCGAUUCUAUUUGCUUGGUUUUUUUUUUGUUUUGACGGUCGAUAAAAAAAAUUGAUUACUUUUGAGCGAGCACGGAUAAUCGAACUUGGUGAUGGUACGGAUAAUACGAACAUAACCUCGGGAUAAUUAAUGGCCUGUCAACUGUGGGGAACAGCAAAGCCAGAAACAGUGUUUUUCUUUUCGAAAAUUAAAAUAGUUGCAAAGUACAAAAUGAGUGCAAAACGCAUCAAACAGGAAUCGAACACCAAGAAAAAAGUUUCGCAAGAACCAAUGCAGGUACUGCUGAAGGAGGCUAAGCAGGAGAAGCUGGACAUCGACGAGAUGGAGCUAAUGACUGCGGGACUGGAAGAUGAUGACGAAGGUGGCUGCUACUUUGUGGAUCAGAAGGGCAACUACUACUUUCAAGCCAGCGAAGAUGCGGAAUUAAGGGCGGUGGAAAAUGGACCGACCGAAUUUGAGGCACUGAAUGGCGAACAGGGAAAGACUGAGGAAGAAGUCAGCUACGUGCUGAUAAUGAACGAUGGUGACAACAAAUCUACGAUUGUAGUCAACAAUACGGAUGAGACCAGUCUGGAGGAUGGGAAGGACAACGAAAUUUAUGAUUUCGAAGAUCCGGAUUAUAUAGUGCCGGAUCAGGAAACGGGCAAAAAGACUUCAACGCGUGGCAAGCGUGGUGUACCGACCACUGGCUCGAUGUACAUGUGCAAUUACUGUAACUACACCAGUAAUAAGCUAUUCCUACUGUCGCGGCAUCUGAAAACUCACUCGGAUGAUCGACCACACAAGUGUGUCGUGUGCGAGCGAGGAUUUAAAACGCUAGCCUCUCUGCAAAAUCACGUUAACACGCACACGGGCACUAAACCGCACCGGUGCAAACACUGCGACAACUGUUUCACCACUUCUGGCGAACUGAUUCGACACAUCCGCUAUCGGCACACCCACGAGCGGCCACACAAAUGCACAGAAUGUGACUACGCAAGUGUGGAGCUGAGCAAGCUGAAACGACACAUCCGUACGCAUACCGGUGAAAAACCCUUCCAGUGUCCGCACUGUACGUACGCAUCGCCGGACAAGUUUAAGCUGACGCGACACAUGCGAAUCCACACCGGCGAGAAGCCCUAUUCCUGUGACGUUUGUUUUGCACGGUUCACACAAUCUAAUUCACUGAAGGCCCACAAAAUGAUACAUCAAGUUGGCAACAAGCCAGUUUUCCAGUGCAAACUAUGUCCGACGACCUGCGGCCGCAAGACGGAUCUACGCAUUCAUGUGCAGAAUUUACACACGGCCGACAAACCGAUCAAGUGCAAGCGUUGUGACAACACUUUCCCCGAUCGGUACAGCUACAAAAUACACGCGAAAACGCACGAAGGUGAAAAGUGCUACCGGUGCGACUAUUGUCCGUAUGCCUCGAUAUCGAUGCGCCACCUGGAAUCGCAUCUGCUACUGCAUACCGAUCAGAAACCAUACAAAUGUGAUCAAUGUGCCCAGACGUUCCGACAGAAGCAGCUGCUGAAGCGGCACAUCAACUACUAUCACAACCCGGACUACGUUGCACCGACACCGAAGGCCAAAACGCACUGCUGUCCGAGCUGUAAGCGAUCCUUCCGGCACAAGGGCAACCUCAUCCGGCACAUGGCACUGCACGAUCCCGACUCGACGAUGAGCAAAGAACUGGAAGCUUUGCGCGAAGGUCGCCAGAAGAAGGUGCAGAUCACGUUCGAGGAUGAAAUGUACAAGGGCGAAGAAGACUACGAAGGGGAAGAAGAUGAAGACGAGGAAGAGGAAGAGGAUGAGGACGAUGAGGAGGAGGAGGAUGAGGAGGAAGAGGAAGAAGAGUCGGUCAAUCCGUUGCAAACGAGUGAUGUUGUAACGGUCGAGGAUGAAGACGGCCAGUACGUGGUGUUGGAAGUGAUACAGCUGCAGAAUAAGGAUAGCAAAUCUGCCGAUAAGACACAGAAGAAGCGGACAGCCUCCAAACGUAAGGCACCGGCCACAGUUUUACCGCAAACGAGUUCCAAACCGACGACGUCGGCUGCCGCUACUUCUGCUGUUGCAACAUCAACCCGCGUAACGAGAAGUGUGAAAAAAGAACCAGCAGAGCUCAUAGCGCAACCAGAUCCUACGCUCGAUAUGGACGGCAUCAAUCUGGUGCUGGUGGAAGGUGGCGAAGUGAGCGAAGGGGUCGAAGGUGCACAUGAGAUUGUGAUCGAGCAAGACAGUGCCGAUUCGGGCGAUGAGUUCCUCCUUUCGACAGAAGAUUUGCAGGAUACGGAAAUGUUGAUGUCUUCGCUGCAAAAUGCUAAACGAUCACGCUAUGACGUGACCAUAAGCCAGGAAGAGCUGGAGAAAAAUAUGAGCAACUGUUUCGGAUUCGAUGACGAAGACGACGAAGACUUGGACACCAAAGCAACAAUAACGCUGCUAAACUAAAGCCGCGAACGAUGAUACAUCAUCUUCCUCUUGUUUGGUUUGUCAACCAUGUUCGGUAUUGGAAUGCAGUGGUACCUCGAGGUCAGGCCCCUCGUAUCUCGUGCUACCACUGUACAUAUUAAUAAUUCUUUUUUUUGUAGAUGUGUAAUGUAUUGCCGAAUGAAAUAAUGAAUUAGAUAUCUUAUGUUAUGGUCUGAUAGCUGUUAAAACAGGUCACAAUCAAUAGUACGGAAGAUCAUUUAAAGCCGCCAUGUCAAACUAUUCGACCCGCGCGAUGGGUCAACGAGAACUUCGACUGUUGUAUGAAUGAGAUCAAAAAUCAAAUCAUAAGGCCACCAAAAAAAAACCGCGGGUCGCAAGAAAAUAUUUAAAUUUAAAACUAUCCUAGAGCCAAAACCAGUUUCUCAAAACAGGAUUAAAAUGACACUAGAAAGCUAGAACGAGAUAAGAUGACUGUUAAGAAUGUGCCCGAUUUGGCGGUUGCCUGGAAUUGUGCUUUUUGGUAUCACCACUUAUUUGUUUUUAAUGGAUUUGGAAAUAUUUCUUCUUGGCUAAACGACCUAACAGGUCAUGUCGGCCAUUUCUGGCUUACUAGACUUAUUUUUACUCCGUAGCAGAAUAGUCAGUAUUUGCUACGGGGGGACGGCUCGGAUGGGAUUUGAUAUACCCGGUCCUGUGAUGUGGAACUGGCCCCUUUUACCACAUACUGCAACUCGUGGGCCGCCCCGGGUUUUGAAAUAAAUAAGAGGCGAAACUUAAUAGAAUCGUCAUGAUGAUAACAGCACAGUUUUCAUUAUUCUUUCUUUUAGUUCCGUUUUGUGGUUAAUGAUGAUGUUCCAAAAUUGGUUGGAAUAGAGUUAACGAUCCUUAUUUCAUUGUACAGCACCGAAAUGAAGAAGGGUUAGAUAAAUCCUUUAUAGAAAUUUUGUUGUUUUACAACUAUAAAAGUGAUCUCGUGUAGACUAAAGGCGAUAGAGUCGAAGAAUCACAACAUACAUACCUUGUGCAGCAUGAAUUCACUCACUCAGUUUAACAAUUCAAUUAUUACGAUCAUAGAGGAGAUUUAUCUUUAGCUCCAAUGAUUUCUUUACUGUUCGAGAAAGAUUUAGUUACCUUUUUCAUCCUUUUGUUUCCUCCUCAACAUGUAUUUAAAGGUAGUUUGAAACGUUGCUAGACGAAAACGUACACCACAUAUUUCAGCUCAAAACCAAUGAAACUGUUCUUCUAUCUAUUCUAUCUUCGCCAUGCUAACUAACACAAACACAGCAUUUAUCGCCAAAAUGUGACACACAGUUCAUAUGACAAGUAUUGUUUAAUAUUUUUUUCACAUCCUAAAAGCAGCGCUGAGUGGUGUAAAUGUUUUACUUAAGUUGUUAACUUUAAUCAUUUACUCAACUAUGUUUUCAUACUCGUCGCCAUACUUAAAACGUCUGGAAAGCUAAAUUUAAUCAUUACACAUCUACAUCUAUAAAUGAAAGUACGCUGUAAUCCCGAGAAUAUUUCUAUUUCAUCUAAGGCAGGUUAGCACUAUAAACUGAGUUUUAAGAAUGUCACAAUUGUUUAAGAGUUAUAUAUUAAGCUGAAUAAAAUAUUACGUACAAUAUACAGUUA